AUGCAGAAGCCAAAAGGGCCAUGUGUCAAUAACUUCGAUAGCUGGCAGGAUUGGGCUGCUAAAGGAGAAUGCACCAAGAACUCUCCGUUUAUGAUGGUAAACUGUCGACGCAGCUGCACCAAUUGUGCAAAGUGCGAAAACAACCAACCGCAGUGCGUUGAUUGGGCAAAACAUGGAGAGUGCAGAAAGAACAGGCCAUACAUGGAGCAGAAAUGCUGGCGAAGUUGCUCGAAAUGCGCUCCUUGCGUGAACAAAUAUCCCCACAAAUGCAUCACAUGGGCUAAAGAUGGCAAAUGCUCUUCAAACAGAAACUUUAUGGAGACGAUGUGCUGGAGAAGCUGCUCAAAUUGUGUGAAAUGCGAGAACAAGAGAGAUGGAUGUGUGGACUGGGCUGCAGAUGGGCAAUGCACUAAGACUGCUUCUUUUAUGUUAGCAAACUGCUGGAAGAGCUGUUCAUUUUGUGCUCCUUGUAUCGACAAACAUCCGACCAAUUGCCCACUCUGGGCUAAAGAUGGAGAGUGCAAGAAAAAUAGGAAAUUUAUGGAAGAAAAUUGUUGGAAAAGCUGCUCAAACUGUUGUAAGGAUAAAAACAAGCAUUGUGCAGAAUGGGCCAAAACCGGAGAAUGCAUGAAGAAUCCAGAUUUUAUGAACGAAAACUGUGCUAAGAGUUGCAAAAAAUGCUGAAAAAAUUUAUUGCUACAUCACUUAUGCAAAGUUGGUAGAUCAGCGGGAAGCUCUUCUUGAAUUGCCGUUUUUUACAAACCAUUUUAUCAUCAUUGCAAUACAAACUGUUUAAGAGGAAAUUACUUAUUGAGAAACAAACUGCGGGCAUCUCUCGACAGUUAUUUUGCUUGACUCAGAGUCGUUUGACUCAUCGAUUUGCAUUCACCAAAGCUAGUCAGUACAGGUGUCAUGGUGACACAGAUAAAUUAGACUAAAAAAUCUCCUACGUGGAUGAGAUAUUUCUUGAAGAGUGGCCAGUCAGGCAACUCGUUCAAUAAAUGACUAUGGUAGGUAGGAAUCAAUAGGAGCGUAUCUUUGAUAUCGAAUAUGUCCACUGUUAUGUGAUAUUCGAAGUCAAAACGCAUUGUAAAUAGUUCUCCAUUCAUAGAGACAAGCUCUCUGAUAUCGAUUAAUCAGUUCCUGUGUUUUUUGUUUGUUUUGAUUUGUUUUUUUUCCUUUCUUCUGAUCUACGAGAGCACAAUUUUAAAGGCUGUUUAACAAGAAACAUGUAGGUAGUGUCAUGAUAAAUAUCUUCCUAGAAAAAAAGUCAAUGGCUAAUGUAAAAGACCAUUAGUUAGAUAAUUAGAGAUUAAAGUC